UUCAGGUAUGGUAUCUGUGAAGAAGUUGAACAAAUCCGUUAUCGAGAAGGACAAGAAGAAAAAACCAAGAAGUUGAGAAAGAAAAAGCUGAAGUCUAAAUGUGAUGAGGCGCUAGUAAAUGGUGGUGAUGAGGGCAAUGAUGUUGGAGAAAUGAUGGACGCUGAGGAUGAGAUAGCCUCAGAUGAAGAAAAUGUUGUGAAGGCGGUUACAAGUGGAAACGCCGGCAAGAAGCAUCUCAGUGAUCUCCAGAAGUUGAAGGAAAGCGAUCCCGAGUUUUACAAAUUUCUUCAACAGCAGGAUGCAGAUCUACUUCAAUUUCAUGCCUCUGAUGAAGAGGAUGAAGAGACUGAAGCUCAUUUCGAAGAUGGAGAAGAGGAGGAUUUUCCUGAUGAAGAGCGAGAAGGUAGACUAUGGAUUUCUUGUGUUUGUCUGUUUUACUCAAACUCUGUUUCAUCAGAUUCUGACGAGACCGGGAAGCAUCUACCCAAGGCAAAAAAGGACAGCAGUGGACGGUUGAUCUUUGACGGUCGAAUGCUGGAUCAUUUACAAAGUGUGCUUGACCCGGAAGAUCAGAAGCGGCGGAUUCAAGCGGAAGAUGUCCGAUUUGCAGUCGAGGCAUUCAAUGCUUGUGUUUCUCGCGUGGGUGCGGAUAUUGACUUGCCGAAGUACAUCAUCAACGAGCAGAGGGUCUUCGACGAGACGGUGCGGUUAUGCUUUGAGAAACUUGGAGAUGCUUUUACAACUCUAAUCAGCGGUUCAGCACAAGUGAAAACUGAGGAGCAGACUGACGAAGAAGUAAAACAUCUAAAACUGAAGCAUAUCAAGAAAUACCAGUCUCCGUUGAAGCAAUAUCUUUCCAGCAUUUUGAAGUUUGCAAAUGAGGUUCAAACUUCCGAUGUCAUCAUUUCAACGCUCAAAGCGAUGCGCCGAUUGGUUGAUCUCUUCGCUCAUUUCAAGAAGAUUACAAAAAAUCUCUGCAAGGUUUUGGUGCGAAUUUGGUCCCGAAAAACUCUUGACUGCCGUGUAGGAGCUUAUGUGUGCAUGAUGCAGCUCGUAAAAUCUCAUCCAGAACAUUUUGUCAGCUUGUAUAAGAACUGUUAUCUCGGCUUUGUUACGAAUUCUCGCGAAGUUACGGCUGAGACCUGGCCUCUUCUGCAUUUUAUGCAC